CCCCACCUCUCUUUCUUCUCUCUCUUGGUUCUCUUCACGUGAUUCUCUGACUGUGUGUGACUCCCCCCACACUCUCUACUUUAACAGCUCCUCCCGUUCUAACUCUACGCCGUCGCAUCCGUUUUCCUCGCCUCCCUCUCCCCCUCCACCCCAAGAUCCCAAACCCUAUUCGGCUCUUCCCCUGGUAAAAACCCUAAAACUGUAAAAUUCAUCAAACAAUUUCUCACCAGAAAUGGCAGCUGGUUUCCUUCUGGCAUUGCUUUUCCCGCUCCUCCUUUCCGGCGUUCUUCCUUCCUCUUCUCUUCAUUCGAGUCCGUUGUUGAUACCCUCGGACGCUUCGGCAUUGUUGGACUUCAAGCUCAAGGCCGACUUGAAAGGGAAUAAGCUUCUGGGAUUCUCUUCCAAUUCCAGCUCCGGUUUCUGCAAAUGGUUCGGCGUCCGGUGCCGGGGAAACAGGGUGGUCCGUUUCGCGUGUGAAGGAAUGGGUCUCGACGGCACUUUCGCUCCGGCGACUCUUACCCGUCUUGACCAGCUCAGAGCCCUCAGCUUACAGGGCAACUCCCUCGCCGGACCUAUUCCGGACCUUUCCGGUCUGGUUAACCUCAAGAUCCUCUAUCUGGACCAUAACAUUUUCAGCGGCCUCGUACCGCCGUCGAUUUCCACGCUUCGCCGCCUCAAAAUCGUCGAUCUCUCUUCUAACAACCUCACCGGCGCAAUCCCGGCUUCAUUCGACCGCAUGGGCAGGCUGUACUAUCUCCGACUCGACUCCAACCGCCUCACCGGUUCUGUCCCGCCGCUCAACCAAACCACUCUCCGGAUCUUCAACGUCUCCCACAACGCUCUCUCCGGUCCGAUUCCGGUAACCGCGGCCCUGUCCCGCUUCAGAAGGACAGCAUUCCGAUCAAACCCGGAUCUGUGCGGCGAGAUUAUUCACCGAGAAUGCCGUCCCGUGCAGCCAUUUUUCCGGCCGUCCCCGGCCACUCCAACCCCGCCUCCUCUGCCACCGAGUCAAAACGCACAGCUACACAACGGAGGAGGAGGAGGAUACAACUCCGACAAGAAACCCAAGAAAGCAGAACGAAAACGACACAUUCUCAUCGUGGGGUUAUCAACCGGGUUUUUCGUCCUGAUUUGCUCGGCCCUCUGUUUCGCCAUGGCAGCCAGCAGGAGGUCAAAGUCAAAGGAGUCAUUCCCGUCGUCGCCUGGUCCCAAAAUAGCCAUGGAUACCGACGCAGUGAUGAGGAUAGAGCAAGAAAGCUGCGAGCUGGAGGAGAAGGUGAGGAGAGUCCAAGAAGUAAUGGGGAAGAGCGGGAGCCUGGUAUUCCCUGCGGGGGAGGCGCAGGGGUACACGCUGGAGCAGCUGCUGAGAGCCUCGGCGGAGCUUCUGGGGAGGGGGACUAUGGGGACCACGUACAAGGCAGUGCUGGACAACCGUCUGAUCGUGUGCGUGAAGAGAUUGGACGCCGGGAGGAUGAGGGGGACGGGUAAGGAGGAGUUCGAGCGGCACAUGGGAUCGGUCGCCGGGCUGAGGCACCCCAACCUGGUUCCUCUCCGGGCUUAUUUUCAGGCUAAAGAAGAGAGGCUUUUGGUCUAUGAUUACCAGCCCAAUGGCAGUCUCUCUUCACUCAUCCAUGGUUCAAAGUCGUCCAGAGCAAAGCCACUGCACUGGACUUCAUGCUUGAAAAUUGCAGAAGACGUAGGUCAAGGCCUCUCCUACAUCCACCAAGCAUGGAGGCUGGUUCAUGGCAACCUCAAGUCCUCCAACGUCCUCUUGGGGCCCGACUUCGAGGCCUGCAUUUCCGACUACUGCCUCUCCGUCCUCGCAAGCCCCUUCCCCGACGACGACCCCCCCAACUCCGGUCCUUCUUCUUCUGCUGCCUGCUAUGCCGCGCCGGAAGCGCGGAAACCCAACCGCCACCACCAGCCCACCUCCAAGUCGGACGUGUACUCGUAUGGGGUUGUCUUGAUGGAGCUCCUCACCGGGAAGCAUCCCUCCGAGCACCCCCCGGGGUCGAUGGAGGAUGACGCCGUGGCUGACUGGGUGAGGUGGAGUAGGGGAGACGGCGGCGGCGGGGACGAAGAGGAGGAAAACGGGAGGCAUAAGCUGGAGAUGAUAUUGGAGGUGGCGAUGGCGUGCAGGGCGGCGUCUCCGGAGCAGAGACCCACCAUGUGGCAGGUGCUGAAGAUGAUCCAGGAGAUCAAAGACGCCGCCGCGGCCGUGAUGGACGAUGAAGAAAACGACCUGCUCACCACUGCCGAUCCUUGAGAAGCUACUAAAUUGAAAGACUGUGGUCUCAUUCAUUUUUGCCAUGUACUGUAUCUGUAUAUGUUUUGUCAAUUUGUACCCUGUAUAUAUAUCUUUGACGUCGCGCCGGCAAGAUGAUGCUUGUUAGCUUAUAAAACCUAUUCUGCACCUAUAACUAUAAACUUUGAGUUUUUCA